AUUUUUGUCAUAAAUAGACCAUGUAAUACAUUUUUGUGUUUGUUGAUUGUUUCAGUUACAACUGCCAAGUCGCGAUGGAAACAACUGAGAGAUAACCAUCGGGAUGCCUUAAAAAGACAAAAUGCAACAAGGAGUGGACAGGCUAGAAAACAACGAAAAGAAUGGAAAUAUCAAAAAGCCAUGUCAUUUUUAUUGCCUUACAUGAGUAACAGAGACCGGUCAACAAAUUUUACGCCCCUGGACCACUCAGUAAGCGAAACUUCAAAUCCGCCAAAUACCAUUGAAGAGAGUUCACGGGAAUCAUGCAAUUUUUUGCCAUCAAAUUCAAAUAAUCUUCCUUCUGCCGAUGAUCCUAAGAAUCCAACUGCUUCGGAAUCUCUUCCAUCAACAUCCAAAAAAAGAAAGAACGAUGAAAUUCUAGAUUAUUUAAAAAAAAAUCAAGAACGCCGCGAAGUGUUGGAACGAGAACGGAUAGAACUUAAAAACAUGAUGUCAGCCAGUGAUAAAUACGAUGAAAUAGACUUAUUUUUUUUAAAUUUGGCUGCAUCGACAAAAAAGCUGCCGUAUUAUUUUCAACUUCAAAUUAAAAAAACCUGCUUUAAUGCGGUAAUGUCAGCUGAAGAAAGUAAUCUUCAACAUAGUUGGUAUUCUCCGAAUAAUUAUGGUUAUUCUACAGGCUCAACACCUACAUCAGAUAACAUCAACACUAGUAUCGAUACUCCUAGUGCUUCAGAUAAUAUCAACACUAGUAUCAAUAUUCCUAGUGCUUCAGAUAAUAUCAACACUAGUCUUAAUAUUCCUAGUGCUUCAGAUAAUACCAACACUAGUGUCAAUAUUCCUAGUGCUUCAGAUAAUAUUAACACUAGUAUCAUUAAUCCUAGCGCUUUACAAAUUCCAACAACCCAGGAUAUUGAAACAUCUGCAGCAGAGCCAACAGAACCCAAUGAAAAUGCGGUCAAUUUUGAGACAGAUUACGAUUUUUAAAUUAAUAUAACAUGGCUUCUAUAACUGUAUGCAAAAAUAAAAGUUACUUUGAUUUAAAA